GCCGUCCCUCCCCAUCCCAUUCUCCUCAACCCUCGAAACUCGAAACCACCGUCUAUUGAAUUCCGUCACAGACCCCGUCUCCGUCCGUCCUAUAAGCCCCUUUUCAAUCUCUCUCAGCAAUCACCGGCAAGAGUCCCUGGUUCGUCACCUCCUCAAUUCCCCUCGAAAUUGCUCUUGCUUCGUUUUGCUCGAGGUAGUCCUGAACCCAGCAGGUAGCCCUUUGCAGUAAUUAUAGAAAUAAUAAAACUACUUUGCGAGAAAAAAUGCAGUAGAAGAGAAUCACAGAGCCCGUCCAAGAGUGUUGGACCGCGUCCAGGACCCGCUGCUGAGUUGGCCCCCCCUAAACCACGCCACCGGCAGAGCUAAAUAUUCUCCAAAAAAAGCUUUCGCUUUUCCAAUUCUCUUUCCUCUCAAAAACUUUUCCGCAGAAUCCACAGUUUCCCCAAUCGGCGGUUCUUGCGUCCUUCGCUUCGCUUGAAAACCUCUCCCUAAUUCCGGCGGAGAUGAGGCUUUUGAAGUUAGCCACCUGCAAUUUGAACCAAUGGGCGAUGGACUUCAACUGCAACUUGAAGCACAUAAAGGAGUCGAUUACCAGAGCUAAACAAGCGGGUGCCGUCAUUCGACUCGGCCCCGAGCUCGAGGUCACCGGCUACGGCUGCGAAGAUCACUUUCUCGAGCUCGAUACCGUCACCCACUCAUGGGAAUGUUUGAAGGAGAUUCUGGUCGGAGAUUGGACCGACGGAAUAUUGUGCAGUAUAGGCAUGCCCGUGCUCAAAGGCUCCGAGCGGUAUAACUGUCAAAUUCUGUGCAUGAACCGAAAGAUUCUGAUGAUCCGCCCGAAAAUGUGGCUUGCAAACGACGGAAACUACAGGGAGCUCCGGUGGUUCACUGCCUGGAAGCAAAGGGAUCAACUGCAUGACUUUGUGCUCCCACCAGACGUUGCAGAGGCCAUUUCUCAGAGUUCGGUGCCAUUUGGAUAUGGGUUCAUUCAAUUUCAAGACACAGCUGUUGCUGCUGAAGUUUGCGAGGAGCUUUUUACACCGGUUAGACCUCAUGACGAGCUCGCACUUAAUGGGGUUGAGGUGUUUAUGAAUGCAAGUGGAAGUCACCACCAACUGAGAAAGCUUGAUAUCCGUCUUGAGGCUUUUAUGGGUGCUACUACUCGUGGAGGAGUGUAUAUGUAUAGUAAUCACCAAGGAUGUGAUGGUGGCCGCCUUUAUUAUGAUGGAUGCUCUUCCAUUGUUGUAAAUGGAGAAGUUCUCGCCCAAGGCUCACAGUUUUCCUUGAAAGAUGUUGAGCUUGUGGUUGCUCAAGUGGAUCUUGAUGCUGUGGCUAGCCUAAGAGGAUCCACUAGUAGUUUCCAAGAACAAGCUAGCUGUAAAACCAGUGUGCCUUCUGUAGCAGCACCUUACAGUCUGUGUCAGCCAUUUAACCUGAAAAUGACUCUUUCUAGCCCCAUGAAGAUCAACUAUCACUGUCCUGAGGAGGAAAUAGCUUUUGGACCUGGUUGCUGGUUAUGGGACUAUUUGAGAAGAAGUGGAGCUUCUGGAUAUUUGCUUCCUCUGUCUGGUGGUGCAGAUAGUUCCUCAGUAGCUGCCAUAGUUGGUUGCAUGUGUCAACUUGUUGUAAAAGAGAUUGCGAAUGGAGACGAGCAAGUCAAAGCUGAUGCAAUACGCAUUGGACAUUACACUGAUGGCCAGUUUCCCACAGACAGCAAAGAAUUUGCAAAGCGUAUCUUUUAUACUGUGUAUAUGGGAACUGAAAAUAGUUCUGAUGCGACAAGAACCCGGGCAAAGGUUCUUGCGGAUGAGAUAGGUUCAUGGCAUCUCAAUGUUUCAAUAGAUGGUGUUGUAUCUGCAUUCCUUUCCUUGUUCCAAACUCUUACAGGGAAACGACCAUGCUAUAAGGUGGAUGGGGGUUCUAACAUUGAGAACCUAGGCCUCCAGAAUAUCCAAGCUAGAAUAAGAAUGGUUCUAGCAUUCAUGUUAGCCUCACUCCUGCCAUGGGUUCACAAUAAACCGGGAUUCUAUCUUGUUUUGGGUAGCUCCAAUGUCGAUGAAGGGUUGCGAGGCUAUUUAACCAAGUAUGAUUGCAGCUCAGCAGAUAUAAAUCCAAUUGGAAGCAUAAGCAAGAUGGAUCUUAGGUCAUUUCUAAAGUGGGCUGCCACACAUCUUGGUUAUUCAUCCUUGUCCGAAAUCGAAGCAGCUCCACCAACAGCAGAACUUGAGCCGAUACGCUCAAAUUACAGCCAGCUUGAUGAAGUGGACAUGGGAAUGACAUACGAGGAGCUCUCGGUAUAUGGCAGACUGCGAAAGAUAUACCGGCUUGGUCCAGUGUCAAUGUUCAAGGCAUGCUUUCUUUUUAAAAAUUCUCUGUCAGGAAAUUAAGCCAUUUCCAUACCAUACUCUUCUUGAAGUCUCUCUGUGGUGAUGUUGCAGAAUCUUUGCUUCAGAUGGGGAUCAACAUUAACCCCAUCAGAAGUGGCUGAAAAGGUGAAGCACUUCUUCAAGUACUAUUCAAUCAACCGUCACAAGAUGACGGUCUUGACCCCAUCAUACCAUGCUGAGAGUUAUUCACCUGAGGACAACAGGUUCGACCUCCGCCAGUUUCUGUACAACGUACGGUGGGCUUAUCAGUUCCAGAAGAUCGACGAGCUCGUCAAGGAGGUGAAGGGCGACAAAGUUGCUUUUCCAGAAGGGAGCCAGGAAGGGAAGUCUGGAGGGAUGGGAGUUGUUGCUGCUGGCGCUGGAGAUCCCAAAGCCGGGUUGUAGUAGGGGAGGCAGCCAAGCCAUUUAUCUCCCUUUCUGUUAGUGUAAGCUAGUAGUAGUAUUGUCGAAAUCCGCAUUUGUCUUUCAUUACAUUCUUUAAUGUCGCCCGUUGGAAAGUUCUGCAACUGCCGUAACUAUAGGCGUGCUUUGGGUUAAAGCCAUUGUAAUUUUUUGUUUUGCAUCACAAUCAUUUAGCUGUUUGCCACUUGCCAGUCAUUAGCUUUCUCGCAGAAAAUUCAGUUCACCUCUGCAUUUAGCUGUUUGCCAGUCAUUAGCUUUCUCGCAGAAAAUGUAG